AUGUUGGGAGAUUAUGAGAUUGAUGAGUUUGAGCAGAAGUGGGAAAAUUUGAUAUCAGAGUUCAGUUUGCAAGAAAACAUAUGGGUUUUAGACAUGUAUGCAAAACACAAUAUGUGGGUUGCAGCUCACAUAAGAGGCAAUUUCUUUGCUGGGUUUAGGAAGAUCUAUCGAUGUGAAGGCUUGCACUCGUUUUUGGGAAGGUAUGUUAACUAUGAGAAUAAUUUACUAGAGUUUUCACAACAUAUCUUUCGUGCCAUGAGUUAUAUGAGGUACAAAGAAGUUGAGGCAGAUUUUUCAUCAGCACACGGUGAACCUGUUUUGCAAACACAAUUGCAAGAUCUAGAGAAAUCCAUUGCAGAUAUCUACACAAGGGAGAUAUUCUAUUUUUUGCGACCUCUACUUCAAAGGGCAUGCACUUGUAGGGUCACACAUUGUGCACAAACAACAUUUGAUUACACAUAUACUGUUUGCAAGUAUCGGAGACAAGGUUUAGAAUGGAAAGUGUCAUUCUUCUCUUCAAGUUUGGAAUUCAAGUGUUCAUGUAAGAGGAUGGAACCACUUGGUGUUCCUUGUGAGCAUAUUAUAUGUGUUUUAGUUUAUCUAGACAUUGUGGUAAUUCCAAAAUGUUUAGUGAUGAGUAGAUGGACAAAGAAAGCCAAGGACUCUGUUUAUUCAAAUGAAAACAAGUCAUCAACACGGGAUCCGACAUUGAUCAGUCAAUAUGUAGGAAUAGUUGAGCAUUGCAAAAAGAUGGCUCAUGCAUCUGUAUUUUGUGGUAAGCCAGAAUAUGUUCGCAACACAAUUGACUUAGUGUUAUCACAAACUCAGAUGUUAGAGGCAUUAAAUACAAGUCCUAAUAUACCACAUGCAAAGGCACAAACACCAAUUGAGACAUUACUAGAAGGCUCUCUAAGAAAUCCAUCUAAAGUGAGGACAAAGGGAUGUGGUGCUUCAUCCUCUAUGGCACGAGGCAAAGAGAAAGAAAUUUUAAGGAAGGCACAUAAAUGUGGUGUUUUCAAGAGAGAGGGUCACAACCGGAAAUCAUGCCCUUUAAUGAGACAGAGUGAGUGUAUUCUCCAAACUCAAUAUGGUUCAAAUGUUGAAUACCAAGAUGAAGUUCUAGAAGACAUUGAAGAAUGA